AUGAAAGGCGUAACCAUAGAAGCCUGGCAGAGAAGAGUAGGCCCAGCACAGUGCCACCGCUGCCAGGCCUUCGGACACGCAUCAGCGAACUGCUUCAGGCCAGUGAAGUGUGUCCGCUGUGGAGAUAACCACAUUGCAAGCGAAUGCCCUAGGGGUAGAGAGCCACCCGCUAACGAUGCCACAGAGAGGCAACAGCCAAAGAAGAAGAAGCGGGUGCGCAGUAAGAAGAAGAAAGAGCAACCUCCUCAGGUAGCGGCAGCCACCUCUACCCCUACCCCAGCGGUAACGAUGGCCCAGGCGCAGGUCACAGAAAGGAUAACCACCGAGAGUAGAGCCCCAGGAAGGGCUCUAUCAGAAAAUAGAGCCCGCUCUACACAAAGAGCACGCUCUACCCAAGGUAGAGAAGGUAGAGCAGAAUUACCGACACCACACCCGAGGACAGUACCAGCAACAACAAGCGUAAGAAGAACACCAACAGCUGCCCCAGACAUGACAGAUGCCAUCCAGAGACUGGUUGGCAUCGCUAUAGAAGUGGGCAGCCAAGUCCUGGCGGAUAUAAGAGCCGGGACGGACCCGAUUACAGCUAUCAUGAAGGCUUUGGCGCAGCUACUGGCUCGGCACUACAGUGGUGUCGUGUAA